AGAAAAAAAAAUUAUAUAAAUUUUCACGGGGAAGAACAAAAAAAGAGAGAGAGAUUGAAGUCCGUUCCUUUCCUUCUCUGUAAAUUCCUCGGAAAACGAAAUCUUCAUCUGCCUCUUUUUUUCUGAUUUGCUCGAACUUUUGGUGUUCCUGAGUCCGAAACUCGGUUGUCUGGUCGAUUUCCAUCGCUGUGUUUGUAGUUUCAAGUCUUUGGAGGUCGGUGGUGGUGUUCGGUUCUUAACCCGUUUCAAAGAAGAGAAAUGCAGUUUGUUUAGUAAUGGUUUUGGCGUUUCCUGCAAAUUAGACAUUUUGGGGGCACUGCAGACUUGGAGCAGUGCCCAUGGAUGCGAGCGGUUCCCCUUCUGCGUUACGAUUCCACAGCAUCCAAGAAAACCCUAUCCCGGGCGUCGUUCCUUUACCGAGCCCCGCAUUUCAUCGGCCCAAACGCCACUGCUUCGGCGAUUCCACCCCGGGGGAAUUCCCCUUGGCUUCCUGCCCUUCCGUUGUCCUUCACGUGCUCACGGCGUGUAAACUCGACCCUCGAGAUCUUGCUAAGCUCGAAGCAACGUGCUCGUUCUUUAGGCGGCCAGCAAACUUUGCGCCCGACGCUGAACUUUCUAUCUCUGAAAUCGCUGCUCUCGACAUGUGCCAGAAGAGAGUUGUGUUUAGAUCCAUGAGCGAGGAAGGACGUCGAGAAAUCAAGACGAGAUGUGGAGGAUCAUGGAAACUGGUCCUGAGGUUCUUGCUGGCUGGUGAAGCGGGUUGCAGACGGGAGAAAUCGCAAGCCAUUGCAGGUCCGGGUCACAGUAUCGUCGUCACGUCGAAAGGGGUUGUUUACUCUUUCGGGGCUAACGGUUCGGGACAACUCGGACACGGAACCACUGAUGACAUUUUCCAGCCUCGACCCAUCAGAUCACUUCAAGGCAUUCGGAUAAUCCAGGCGGCGACUGGCGCUGAUCGAACGAUGUUGAUCAGUGAUUCGGGCCAAGUUUACGCCUUCGGGAAGGAUUGUUUCAGCGAGGCUGGAUUGGAACUUCAAGAAACGAGCUUUGUCACGACGCCUCAGCUGGUGAAAUCGUUGAAGAACAUCUAUGUGGUACAAGUCACGAUAGGAAAUUUCUUCACGGCUGUGCUUUCGAGAGAAGGACGGGUCUACACAUUCUCAUGGGGAAACGACGGAAGGCUUGGCCAUCAAACCGAUCUGAACUGUUCAUCUCCUCACCCUUUGCUCGGGGUUUUAGAGAACGUUCCUGUUGUGCAAAUCGCUGCUGGAUAUUGCUACCUCCUUGCCCUUGCUUGUCAACCCGACGGAAUGUCGGUUUACUCUGUUGGAUGCGGUUUGGGUGGCAAGCUCGGGCAUGGCUCUACAACCAACGAGAAGCAUCCCCGUCUGAUCGAGCAGUUCCGUCAUCUGAACCUGGAACCGGUCGUGAUCUCAGCGGGUGCAUGGCACGCAGCCGUCGUCGGGAGGGACGGUCGGGUCUGCACUUGGGGUUGGGGCCGGUACGGCUGCUUGGGUCACGGCAACGAGGAAUCAGAGUCCGCACCGAAGGUGGUCGAGGCAUUACAGAACAUCAAAGCCAUUCAUGUAGCCACAGGGGAUUACACAACGUUUGUCGUGUCAGAAGACGGUGAUGUCUACUCCUUCGGGUGCGGCGAAUCGGCCAAUCUCGGGCAGGGGGACGAUGACGGGAACACGUUGAUCCCGAAGCUGGUGACGUCGUUGAAGCAAGCGGACCAGCGAGUGAUCCAGGUGAGUCUGACGAACUCGGUGUACUGGACGGGUCAUACGUUUGCGGUGACCGAGUCGGGGAAAGUGUACGCGUUCGGGGCAGGAGACAGGGGACAGCUCGGAGUGGAACUGGAAGACAGCCUGACGGAAAGAGCAGAACCGGACAAAGUGAACAUCGAUCUUUCUUAAAGUGAUUUGGAGAUCUUCCUUUUUAGGAUCUGCAUUUAUAAUUUAUCAUUUCGGUAAUUUUUUUUUUUUGUAUAUAGAAAUAUCCAAGGCAAUGAAAAUUGUGAAGAUCUUAUGGUAUUUUGUAGAAUUUGGUUAGUUUCGGAUCACGGGAAUUUUUGUUAAUCGUCGGGGCGAUCAAUAUCAUCCGCGUGUUCGCAA